CAAUGUGCGUCACAAAAACUCUUCACUUGAAACUAGUUUUGCAGCAGAAAACAAUAACAGAUGAUCGCAACGUUACAACAGAAGUAUUUUCUGAUUCGAACAGAAAAUGAUGGAAAAGGCUUUCUCGUUAUUGCUGAUUUUCUUUUUAUAUUUAUCGACACUUAAUUUUGUUCGGACAAUACCAUUAAAUAAUUCUGAUGACGCUAUGGUGGAAAUGCCUUUAUUUACAAAUAACUUGAAAGCACCGUUAGUGGCAGAUCUCGAUGUUUCUGCUUUAAACAAACAACUUAAGCAUUAUAUAAAUACAGCGAUUUCUAAGACAUUUACUGGUAAAGUAAAUGACAUUGUUGAACAUAGCCAAGAUGAACUAAAAGACACAAUGCUGACCGCCUACAAGGAAAGGUUACAGGAAUCAAAAGAUAUAUAUGAGGAAGAUUUAACUCAUUUGGUUGAUGGAUUUCAAUCUCGCUUAGAAUCUCUGUUCAGUGAUUUCAGGAAAAAUGUUACAGAUUUGAUAGAUAAUUUAGAAGAAUGGAAGAAAGACUAUUCUCAAUCAUUUUCAGCGAAAUACAGACAUAUCAUUUUACCAAGAGACUGUACUGACAUAAAAGAAAGUAAUACGAAGAGUGGUGUUUAUACAAUAUAUAUAGAUAAUGUUAAUGGUAAACAAGUCUAUUGUGACAUGGACGUGGAUGGCGGUGGAUGGAUCGUAAUCCAAAGACGCUCAGAACGCAAGGUAAAUUUUGAAAGAACUUGGAAUGAAUAUGAAAAUGGUUUCGGGGAUGUCACCGGAGAACAUUGGCUUGGUAAUAAAUAUAUUCAUUUUCUUACAAAUUCCGGAAACUGUGAACUGCGAGUGAAAAUGAAAACACCAAAUGGCCAAGACAUCUAUGCUGUAUACAAGGUUUUUAAACUAGGUGAUGCUGCAUCCAAGUACCAGCUUACAGUCAAUGGUUACAGUGGAACAGCAGGUGACGCUUUACAACGACAAUCUUCUGGUAAAUUCUCAGCAAUAGAUCGCGACAACAGUGGUAAUAAUUAUGCAAUAUCCAACGGACCAUGGUGGUACAUAAAAGGUUCCAAUACAUGGUUAAACGAUGACCAAAGAGAGAAUUUCUGGGGGAAAAAUAUUGGUCGGAAGACAACCAUGAUGAUCAGACGCCUUUAGUUUGAUACUUUUCAAAUAAGUAUUCUUACACAAAUGGAACACUUAACUUCUCCAGAGUAGAUAUUACGUUGUUUUUUCUUU